UCCGUGGGCUGAACUGCGAUGAGUUGCUUGGCUUAUCGCCAACAUGGGUGUAGACGUCUGGAGGAGAGCUUUUAUGGUGUUAGUUUAGUUUUUGUUAGAACUGUGGAGUGCAAACCCAUCUAUUCUCUUUCAUUAAACGGGAUCAACAAAAUUUCCUCACUCAUGUGGAUUCUGUAGUGAUUAGCCGUGUAGACUAGAGCUGUAUAUGACGGGCAGAUAGAGACACACAGGCAGAUAAGGACACACAGGCAGGUAGGGACACACAGGCAGACGCAGUCACACAGCUUUUGCACAACUGAUGGCGGUUGUCCAAGUGAAGAUCUCUGAACGUGACUUCAUAGUAAAAGAUCUCAAAUUAAGAUCAUUUUAAAUUUCAACGAGAAGCUUCAAAACUUAAACCGUGUUUGGCACUUAAAACAAACAAACGAACGAACCUUCAAAGGCAUUUUGGGCACUUGACCAUGACCAAGGAAUUUGUCUUUGUGUUUGCGUUAAGCUUGCUUGCGCCUGGAAGUCUCCUCGAGGAAUUUAGUGGCGGUAAGUAGAGAUGUAUAAUUAUAAACCAACUCAAAAUAUUUGUGUUGCUACAGCGCGUCUCUAUUGAAUUUAACGGAAUGUUCCAGACAGGAGGAAAAGAAUGCAAACUUUACCGCGACACCGUGACAGAGCGUAAUACCUUGACAGUGUGACACCGUGACAGCGUGACACCGUAACAGGGCGACACAAUGACAGCGUGACAAUGAGAUACAUGACAACGUGACAGAGUGACAUCGUGACAGGGCACCACAAUGACAGCGUGACAGUUAGAUUCACGACAACGUGAUAGGGUGACACCGUGACCGGGCGACACAAUGACAGCAUGACAGUUAGAUACACGUCAACGUGACAGGGUGACACCAUGACAGGGCGACAUAAUGACAGAAUGACAGAUACAUGACAACGUGACAGGGUGACACAAUGACAGCGUUACAGUUAGAUACAUGACAACGUACCAGGGCGACACAAUGACAGCCUGACAGUUAGAUACAUGACAACGUGACAGGGCGACACAAUGACAGCGUGACAGUGAGAUACAUGACGACGUGACAGGGCGAAACAAUGACAGUGUGACAGUUAGAUACCUGACAACGUGCCAGGGCGACAAAUGACAGCGUCACAGUUAGAUACAUGACAACGUGACAGGGUCACACCGUGACAGUGCGAUGCAAUGACAGCGUGACAGUGAGAUGCAUGACAACGUGACAGGGUGACACCAUGACAGCGUUUCCUACAAAGCAUCGAUGUUUUCAAAUCUACAAAAGUGGAAAGCAAAUGACAACUAUAGAUUAUUGAAAAAGUUAUAAAGUUAUAAUUUCGAUUAUUGAAGACAUUUUGUCCCCAUCUGAAUGUGCGUUCAAUAGAGCUGCGGACCAAGCACCAAGCAUAAUGUCUCCAAGUCUGCGCUAUUGAAUUUUUAUGUCUAAACACACACACAAACACACACACAAACACACACGCACACACACACACAAACGCACAAACACACGCACGCGCGCGCUCACGCAUACACACACACAAACUCACACACAGAGCUGAUGAUUUUCUUUUCAGACACGUUUAUUGUUAAGUUUAUCAUUAUAAUUCUAAUCAUUCAGAGUCUACAAACUUUUAUCGUUAAAUUAUUACAAAUCAAAGUUAUUUCAUCAUUUUUUUCCCCCCUCUAACCAUGUUGUUGUUGUUUUGCGACAACUUUCUAAAGCGAACCAUGAUGCAUUCUUUCAAUGCUGACAUCGUUCUGUUACAGAUGGAGAAGUUAAGGAAGAGACACGUGUUUUCAAACACCGAUGCCACUGCCGACUGUACGACUGCGACUCUCGUGGUGAAUGCUUGGACGGGGACACCUGUCAGGACGGGUGGUCAGGUCCUGGCUGUCAGUAUGGUCAGUUAGUUUUAUAUGUCUCCCUUACAUCUUUAAAUCGUUUGUUUCAGUACAUUUUGCAUUAUUCCAGUGUCUUGUAAACAUGCAUUGCCCGGUGUUUGGUGAUGAACUCAACCAUUCAAUCAUUCAAUCAUUGCUAGUUAAACUUUGAACCUAACAAAAAACAGCAGAAGACCUAGCAAACACAUGGAAAAGAAAAGCAUCAGUUAGGUCUGAGUGGAAGGAUGUGGUGAGACAGGCCAACGCUGUUCAUGGGCUGUAGCACCACAGGGAUGGAUGGAAGUUUGUGGUGAGGCAGGCCAAAGCCCUACGUGGAAUGUAGCGCCACAGGGUUGGAUGGUCUGAGCGGAAGGAUGUGGUGAGGCAGGCCAAAGCCCUACAUGGACUGUGAGCCACAGGGAUGAAUGGUCUGAGUGGAAGGAUGUGAUGAUACAGGCCAAAGUCCUGCAUGGGCUGUAGCACCAUGAUUUGUGAGACCCGAUGGCUCACACUCGCUCCAUCGCUAACCCCCGUGAUAUUGCACAAUUAGGCUGGGCCUUGCACUAACAAGAAAGACUCAAUGAACACUGGAAAUUAACCUGGUCACCUUGACCAUGACCCAGCUUAAACAAUGAGCAUCUGGUCAGACGCGACGCUUGAAUGCGGGACAGGACGCCAAACUUGGAGUAUACAUUAAAGGCCCCUCAUCAUUUAUCACCGUCUUUCACCUGAAUUUUGUCAGUCAGCAGAGCCUGGCUAGUUAUUGUAUUGUGAUAAAGUUUGUUGACCCAAAAAUAACUAGGUUCGUAUUGUUAGUCUUCAUAUGUUUUAGUUUUAUUAAGAAAUGUUAGGAUUAUAGUUAUUGUUAGCUUAUGAUUAAUUAUUAAUAAUGUGAUCUGAUUUUUAUUCUUAGCUAUGUCAUAUGCUUUGUAUUCGUUAUUCUCUAGCCAGUAAGUAACAGUUGAGUUAGAAACAGAUAGUUUGAGUUAGUACCGGUACAAUUUGAAUUAGUACCAUAGUACCAGUACAGUUUAAGUUAGCUGGAGUUAGUACAAUUAGUCCAUUUGACUUUUUCUCAGUAUGCUGAGCUCAUUUAAAGUCAGUACAGUUGAGUUGAUUACAGUUCAGUACAGUAGAACUUAGUACAGUCGCUAUAGUAUACCGUAGAGUAUAGACUAAUCAGGGCAGUUGAGUCAGUUAGUUGAGUGGGCCAUUUAGGGUCAGACUCAUCAAAAAAAGAACCAAGUGUAGGUUAGAUAAGCAGAGACGGCGCAGUGACCAGUGAGAGGGCUGUGUGUGUGUGUGUGCCCGCCGUCAGUGACCAGUGACCAGCGAGAGGGCUGUGUGCAUGUGCCCAACGUCAGUGACCAGUGACCAGCGAGAGGGCUGUGUGUGUGUGUCCCACGGUUAAAGAGAGUCUACACCUGUCGCACUGUGAGUGACCGAUGGCCUGUUACGUCGCAGUGACCACCGACCAGAGAGAGGGGCCAAACCAACAAGGCUCCUGCGUGAGUGUGUGUGUGGUGUGGACUUUAUCUGCCCACAGAGGACAGACCGCCAAUCACAACUUAGUCCAUCAAAUUUUGAAUUAAGUAGCCUAUCGAUAGUUUACUUAGACUUUGCUUUUAUAUCCGUCUUUGUGUCGCUAAUUCUGAUGAUAAUUUAAAUAUAUUAUUCGUGGACUGAAAAAAUACUUACCACACCACAGGGGUGGAUGGCCUUAAUUGAAGGAUGUGGUGAUGCAGACCAAUGCCCUGCAUGGGCUGUAGCACCACAAGGAGGGAUGGUCUGAAUUGAAGGAUGUGGUGAUGCAGACCAAAGCCCUGCAUGGGCUGUAGCACCACAGGGUGGAUGGUCUGAAUUGAAGGAUGUGGUGAGGCAGACCAAAGCCCUGCAUGGGCUGUAGCACCACAAGGAGGGAUGGUCUGAAUUGAAGGAUGUGGUGAGGCAGACCAAAGCCCUGCAUGGGCUGUAGCACCACAGAGGUGGAUAACCUGAAUUGAAGGAUGUGGUGAGGCAGACCAAAGCCCUGCAUGGGCUAUAGCACGACAGGGGUGGAUGGUCUGAAUUGAAGGAUGUGGUGAGGCAGACCAAAGCCCUGCAUGGGCUGUAGCACCACAAGGAGGGAUGGCCUGAAUUGAAGGAUGUGGUGAGGCAGACCAAAGCCCUGCAUGGGCUGUAGCACCACAGGGGUGGAUGGUCUGAAUUGAAGGAUGUGGUGAGGCAGACCAAAGCCCUGCAUGGGCUGUAGCACCACAAGGGUGGAUGUUCUGAAUUGAAGGAUGUGGUGAUGCAGACCAAAGCCCUGCAUGGGCUGUAGCACCACAAGGAGGGAUGGUCUGAAUUGAAGGAUGUGGUGAGGCAGACCAAAGCCCUGCAUGGGCUGUAGCACCACAGGGGUGGAUGUUCUGAAUUGAAGGAUGUGGUGAGGCAGACCAAAGCCCUACAUGGGCUGUAGCACCACAGAGAUGGUUGGAAAACAAAUUAACGUAAAUGUAAUACUCUAAUGAAUUAAUACCCUCAUGUACGCCAGUACCACUACAACAGAGACAAAGUCAUUAAAAUGAUACCAAAUAGUUCAAGUUUUAAUGCAGUCUCAUAUUUAAUCUCCCAAACUUAAAUCAUAAAUUAUUGACUUCAUCAUUUACAAUAAAACAUGUUAAUGUCUAGAAUGUACUGACGGAAUCCAUGGCCAGGAUUGUGCUCACAACUGUAGCAAGUUUUGUGCCAAGCCCAAAACUACUGACAUGUCGACUUGUCAUCACGUGACCGGCAGGUGCUUAUCAGGAUGUCAACAAGGCUAUGAUGGCCUGAACUGCAGUAACUUUAAAAGUAAGCACGUGUUCGGAACUAUAAACAUUUGUUAACAUUUUAAGUAAUUUAACAAGUAAGAACUGUGCUAGUGCCUUUUUAGAAUAUAAUAUAUACAUAUAUAUAAAAACAUACAGAUAUUAAUUUUAAAAAUUUAGAAGUUAUAUUUCCCCAGACGUAUGUAUAUGGGGUAUAUCCAUAUUUUUGUAAAAAACAGAGUAGCUUGCCCGUGGUGGCCCCCUACAUUUUUCAAUUGUGGUCGGUUCAAACAUCAUGUUUCUUCUUCCUAUUACGUUUGUUGAUUCUUUCAUAUUUGUUGUUUUAAACUCUAUUAACAUACAUUGAGAAGGUCAAAUUGAAAUUAAUGUAUACUUUAAAGAUGAAUAUUAUCUCACUGGACUGUAUUUCCAUCCAGUCCAUGUUCACAUACCCACACCAUGUCAUCGAAAAAAAAUAAUAUGAAAGCCAAACCAAUCUCCUCAUCCUGAAAAUACAUAUCUAUAUUUUUUAACUACAUGGUCGUGCUCCAUAGAGCUACAUUACUAUACAUUAACCCAGUGGUUGGCAAAUCGCGGCUCAGGAGCCGCAAGCGGCUCUUUAGCGACCUGAGUGCAGCUCGGCCAGUCGUCCACUAAUCUGUUUAGGCUCCGAAAAACAUGGUUCUUGGCAGGUUCUUGAAAAGAAAUUUGGCUCUUAACAUUUUUUAAAAUCGUCCUGCUGCUGAUUUUUGGCUCUUUUGACUAAUGAGUUUGCCGGCCACUGAACUAACUAAUCCUUUGUUUCUGAUUCCAGACCAAGAUUCAGUAGCAGAGGGCAUCAGUGCUUACAUCAUUGGUCCCUUUGUUGGCAUUUCGUGCAUCCUUCUGGCCGCUGUCAUCGCUUAUGGGAUCCUGGCGCGUUACCGCUGGCGCACGUUAAAAAUUAAUUCAAGUGUCAAAUCUGCAGAGUCAAGAACUGUGGACGCAGACAUGUCAAUUUAUUUAAUCAAGUCAGCAGACAAUGCUGAAUAAAUUUAACAUUUUAACAGUAUAUAUUUUAAGGAAUCUUUAGAUGAGUGAAUAAACUAAUUUUUCAAAAAAAAAUAUGAUAAAACUCAAUAUGGGAAUGGCAUAAAAGGUGUCUUAUUUGUGUCAGAUAUGAACUCUUCAGAAAUUUAGCCUAACAAUUCUGUAACGUUAAAUCUCGCAGUCCUUAUUUUAAAAAAAAAAUCGUAUUUAUUCGCUUAACGUUGUUGGUUUGCAAAUAGAAACUUUGACCAUCGGCUAGACUGACUAUCUGCUUAUUUUCUGACACCAACCAUAAUUAAGAAAACUUUUUUUUUUAAACAUACCUUGCACAAGUGAAAGAUGCUGAGGAACCGAGACACACACACACUCACACACAAACACACACGCUCACACGCAUUUACACACACACACAAACACACACACCCACCCCAGCCCACCCUACACGUCGGUUGACACCCCACCGUUCCACCAGGAACCCGUUGGCACACAUGAAUUCCUUUGGGGUAGCUUCAUUUGGGGGGGGGGGGAGCGUCCAACGCGCACGUGUCACGUGUCCUAAUUCACUCCUACAAGAUCAUCCUAUCUCAAUAUUUCUCCCCACACCUUUUUCACGCAGGGGGGCUACCCUAUAACCCCUCUUAAGACAACUUAUUUCAUUAUAUUUGUUGAAUUCCCCAAUAGAUCUGCAUAUCUAUGUUUAGAGGUAAUCACUGUAUAAUAAUUUUUUUUUUUUAAAUAUCCGGUCAAUAAACGUUUAAAGCUAA